CUAGGUUUUAAAGAGACAUCAUAUCUGUACGCAAUAUCAUCUGCGGGACUCGUCCAUUCGUUCGCGCAUGCGUGUAGUCGAGGCAUAUUAGACAGAUGCACGUGUGAUAUCUCCAAAAGACUUCGAAAUAAAGAAGCCUGGAAAUGGGGAAGUUGUGGGGAUAAUAUCCGUUACGGUUUGAAAUUUACACGAAAGUUUCUGAGGCGAGCGAAAAGAUCGGGAAAAGAUCUCCGAGCUAAAAUCGACCAACACAACACAAAUAUUGGAAUAGAGGUCGUAAGGCAAAACGUAAACCGGACUUGUAAGUGUUACGGUGUAUCAGGCUCUUGCACAACACGGACCUGUUGGAGACAGUUAGCACCAUUUUCUAAAAUCAGUGCCAUCCUUAAAGAAAAAUACGAAAAAGCCGUCCGUGUAAACAGUUUCUCGGAACAACGACUAAAUAGCAUAGGAGACAAUCUUCGUGUGAAACAUAACGAACUGCUGUACAUAGAGAAAUCUCCAAACUUUUGCCGCCGAACUCGCUAUUCGUCCGGCAUUUCAGGUCGAGUUUGCAUGAAGGGAGAGAACUGUAAAGUUAUGUGUUGUGGUCGUGGAUACAAUGUGGAGAGUAUUGAUGUACAGAAACACUGCUCGUGUAACGUAAUUUCGUGCUGUCAUGUCAGAUGUAAAAUAUGCAACACUAAACAUGAAGUUCAUACUUGCAAAUAAUGCAAAGAUUGAGAAGAAAAAUAUGUUUGUAAAUGGAUUUGAAGGAGAGAAACUGAACGACACAAACAAUUUGUCAUUGAAAGAAUUUGAAAUCAGGAGAAAAUAUUAAGAGUGAAAAUACAAACAACAGAAACUUUACUCACCACAAAUAAUACCAUAAUAACUUAUCUACGUCUGUCCAUUAAUAAAUUAAUAACGAAAUUGAUAUACAAUCAAAUGCAUUCAGUCACACACACACACACACACACACAUUCUCUCUCUCUCUCUCUCUCUAUCUCUCUCUCUCCUUUUCCCUUUCUUUCUCUAUUUGGAAAUCAGGCAACAAUUAUUAUUAAAUAAGCUGAAGUUUCGAAUAUUUUUGCAUGUAUUGGCUGGUUUCUUCUGAAGGUUGAAUCUCACAUUGUUACAGGAGAGAAGAAUGAGAAUAUGUGACGUUCAUGCUUUCUCAAAGCAAUUAACGACUUAAGUUCGGUCGAUUAUGACCAGCUUGAAAGGAAAAAACCCUCUGGCUAACAUUCAACUUCUGUCCAGGGACGACAGAACUGACUGGAAAUACUGCCCGCUUCUAUCUUAAACCCUAAACACACACACACACACACACACACACACACACACACACACACACACACACACACACAGAGGAAGACAUUGCUGCAUUGUAACGAGUGCUACAUUAAUUACCUAGUCCUACUACAUUUAUCACAGCGAUAAUCAACUAAUACCUUCAUUCGCUAUUAGAAAGGUACCCACCUACCCAUCUAUGGCGAUAGAACUGGGUGUGAUUCAACCACAGACAUUUUCCCUACUAAAGCUGAUGAUGAUACAAAGAGGAAACUUUGUCGAUAAAAGAAUAAAAUUAAUCAUCAAUUAAUAUUGUUUAUA